CCGCGAACUCGAGCAGGGGGUGUGGAGCAGCCAAGAUGGAGCCGGCGGCUGCCGGUCCCGGCCCGUUGACUGUGAACAACAAGCAGCCCCAGCCACCUCCACCUCCGCCGCCCGCAACCCCGCAGCCUCCCCCCGGGGCACCCCGGGCUGGCGGAGGGCUUCUUCCGGGGGGCAAGGCUCGAGAGUUUAACCGCAACCAGCGCAAAGACUCGGAGGGCUAUUCUGAGUCUCCGGACCUUGAAUUUGAAUAUGCUGACACAGACAAAUGGGCUGCAGAGCUGUCAGAGCUUUACAGCUACACAGAAGGGCCAGAAUUCCUGAUGAACCGAAAGUGCUUUGAGGAGGACUUCCGGAUGCAUGUGACAGACAAGAAGUGGACUGAGCUGGAUACCAACCAGCACCGGACCUAUGCCAUGAGGCUCUUAGAUGGCUUAGAAGUCACUGCCAGAGAGAAAAGACUCAAGGUGGCCCGAGCAAUUCUCUAUGUUGCCCAAGGCACCUUUGGGGAGUGCAGCUCGGAAGCAGAAGUGCAGUUCUGGAUGCGCUACAACAUCUUUCUGCUCCUGGAGGUGGGCACGUUCAAUGCCUUGGUGGAGCUUCUGAACAUGGAAAUAGACAACAGUGCUGCCUGUAGCAGUGCGGUGAGGAAGCCUGCCAUUUCCCUGGCGGACAGCACAGACCUGAGGGUCCUGCUCAACAUCAUGUACCUGAUUGUGGAGACUGUUCACCAGGACUGUGAAGGUGACAAAGCUGAGUGGAGAACAAUGCGACAAACCUUCAGAGCUGAGCUGGGCUCUCCACUAUACAACAAUGAACCGUUUGCCAUCAUGCUGUUUGGGAUGGUGACCAAAUUUUGCAGUGGCCAUGCUCCUCAUUUCCCUAUGAAGAAAGUUCUCUUGCUGCUCUGGAAGACAGUAUUGUGUACACUGGGUGGCUUUGAAGAGCUGCAGAGCAUGAAGGCUGAGAAGCGCACUCUCUUGGGUCUCCCCCCACUGCCUGAAGACAGCAUCAAAGUGAUCCGCAACAUGAGGGCUGCCUCUCCACCAGCAUCUGCUUCAGACUUGAUUGAGCAGCAGCAGAAACGAGGCCGUCGGGAGCACAAGGCUCUGAUAAAGCAGGACAAUUUGGAUGCUUUCAAUGAGCGGGAUCCCUACAAGGCUGAUGACUCUCGAGAAGAGGAAGAGGAGAAUGAUGAUGACAGCAGUCUGGAGGGGGAGACGUUCCCCCUUGAGCGUGAUGAGGUGAUGCCUCCUCCACUACAGCACCCCCAGACUGACAGGCUUACCUGUCCAAAGGGCCUCCCAUGGGCUCCCAAGGUCAGAGAGAAAGACAUUGAGAUGUUCCUUGAGUCUAGCCGCAGCAAGUUCAUAGGCUACACUCUAGGCAGUGACACGAACACAGUGGUGGGGCUUCCAAGGCCAAUCCACGAAAGCAUCAAGACUCUGAAACAGCACAAGUACACAUCGAUUGCAGAGGUCCAGGCACAGAUGGAAGAGGAGUACCUGCGCUCUCCUCUCUCUGGGGGAGAAGAGGAAGUUGAGCAAGUACCUGCAGAAACCCUCUACCAAGGCUUGCUCCCCAGCCUGCCGCAGUAUAUGAUUGCCCUCCUGAAGAUCCUGCUGGCUGCAGCACCCACCUCAAAAGCCAAAACAGACUCAAUCAACAUCCUAGCAGAUGUCUUGCCUGAGGAGAUGCCCACGACAGUGUUGCAGAGCAUGAAGUUGGGGGUGGAUGUGAAUCGCCAUAAAGAGGUCAUUGUUAAGGCCAUUUCUGCUGUGCUGCUGCUACUGCUCAAACAUUUUAAGUUGAACCACGUCUACCAGUUUGAAUACAUGGCUCAGCACCUGGUGUUUGCCAACUGCAUCCCUUUGAUCCUGAAGUUCUUCAAUCAAAACAUUAUGUCUUACAUCACUGCCAAGAACAGCAUUUCUGUCUUGGAUUACCCUCACUGUGUGGUGAAUGAGCUGCCAGAGCUGACUGCAGAGAGUCUGGAAGCAGGUGACAACAACCAGUUUUGCUGGAGGAACCUCUUUUCUUGUAUCAAUCUGCUUCGAAUCUUGAACAAGCUGACAAAAUGGAAGCAUUCAAGGACAAUGAUGCUGGUUGUAUUUAAGUCAGCACCCAUCCUGAAGCGUGCCCUGAAGGUGAAACAAGCCAUGAUGCAGCUCUAUGUGCUGAAGCUACUCAAGGUGCAGACCAAGUACCUGGGGAGGCAGUGGCGCAAGAGCAACAUGAAGACCAUGUCUGCUAUCUACCAGAAAGUGCGGCAUCGGCUGAAUGAUGACUGGGCAUAUGGCAAUGAUCUUGAUGCCCGGCCUUGGGACUUCCAGGCAGAAGAGUGCGCUCUCCGUGCCAACAUUGAACGUUUUAAUGCCCGGCGCUAUGACAGGACACACAGCAACCCUGACUUCUUACCAGUGGACAAUUGUCUGCAGAGUGUCCUGGGCCAGCGGGUGGAUCUUCCUGAGGACUUCCAGAUGAAUUAUGACCUCUGGCUAGAAAGAGAGGUCUUCUCUAAGCCCAUUUCCUGGGAAGAGCUGCUGCAGUGAGGCUACUGGGCAGGGAACUAGAACAAAGAAGGUGAUCUCAGACUUAAGGAACUAUUCUGGUCAUUGCUGCAGUGCUCCUCUCUCCCUCCAGGUGGCAGCACAGUUCCAUUGUGUGCCCCAGCCCUGGUCCUGUGAGUGAGCCCAGCUGGCCUCUGGUUUGAUGCCUAGCAUCCUCAAGAGCUCUCUGUCCAGAAGGAUCUGCUCUUCCCUCUCUUCUCCCCAACUCCCACCUUCCUCUUUUGGGUAUAAUUGAUUAUGACUCAUUUCAUCAUCCACCCAGGGCUGAGAAAAGUUUGGCUAGACUGGACACCUUUCCUCAUACAUCAGGAUAUCAGGGUCAUGCUGUUUCUCCCUGAGGCAUGCAGAUUUUGCAUGUCAGCUUGCCAUGGAUGAGAGCUAAGACUAGGAAGUUGGCACCCUGGUUUUUCUGGGCGGGUGGAGGGGGGUGGAUGGUUCCUGAUGUCAUUCCAGCCUCUUGCUAAAUUUUGUUCAGUUGUACUAGAGCCACUACGUUUUACAUUUUUGGGGUUUGGAUGGGGUCAGGAUAGUAAGAAAGGCUUCCCUUAACCAGAGGUACCAGAUUCCUCUUGGUUUACAAGGGCCUGUAAAUAGGUAAAUCUAUAUGUGUUCUCUUUGUCGUGUUGGGGUUUUUAAUGUGUUUGUGUAUUCUGUUUACAUUAAAAGAAGCAAAAACAACUGCUGUUGCAUUG